UCCAAAGGAUGGAUGGCCAGCAGGGCAAGGGAGAGAAUUCUGCCCCUCUGCUCUGGUGAGACCUCACCUGAAGCCCUGCGUUCAGUUCUGUAGUCCUCAGCACAGGAAAGACUUGGAGCAAGUCCAGAGAACAGACUGAGAGAGUUGGGGUUGUUCAGCCUGGAGAAGAGAAGGCUCCAAGGAGACCUUAUAGCGACCUUCCAGUAUUGAGGGGGACUCCAGGAAAGCUGGGGAGGGCUUUUGAUCAGGGAAUGCAGGGAUAGGAUGAAGGGAAACGGUUUGAAGUUGAAAGAGGGGAGACUGAGAUGAGAUCUUGGGAAGAAAUGCUUUCCUAUGAGGGCAGUGAGGCCCUGGCCCAGGUUGCCCAGAGCAGUGGUGGCUGCCCCAUCCCUGGAGGGGUUCCAGGCCAGGUUGGAUGGGGCUUGGAGCCCCUGAGCCAGUGGGAGGUGUCCCUGCCCAUGGCAGCGGCUGGAACUGGAUAGUCUUUGAGGUCCUGUACAACCCAAACCAUUCUAUGGCUCCUCUGGGGGCACCACGCUAUGUAGUGCGGAUAUCGAACAGCCAACUUGAGGGAAAAGGGCUGAGUAAAACAAGUUUAGUGAUGCCUUAAUCAGGUAGAGUGAGCCAUGAGCUAAUAACGGUGUAAGUGCAGGCCCUCCCUGAAAAGCCUUCUCUGCCCAGUGUAAUUGCUGUGGCUUUGUGUUGGUGUUAUUAGGAAUUAUGCUCUAGUAAGUAAUUUCUGUAUAAAUUAAAACAAUCAGAUUUGACCAAACCCUGUCCAGGCCUGGUGGCUGCUUGUUUCCAAGCCUUGCCAUGAACCAGGGGUUUGCUCCUUUUCCUGAAGUGCUUCAAAAGCGUAUUGGUAGUUAAAACACUCGGCUGUGAGUUCCUGUGUUAGUAUAAUAGCAUAAGAGUUGGAUAAGGAAAUGGUAAACAUUCUAGGCUAAUUGUUGUUAAUUUAUAGAUGUCCAGCUUAAAUGUGUGUUGAAAGUAGAGCUUUUUUCCUUCUACAGAAGAGAAAUGGAUAGAAACUUCCCCUGGUUUUCUUUUGUUUUGUUUUAGAACUCUGUUUCUCAGACUGAAAUUAAGCAGUGUCACUGUUCUAGUGAUGCUUCUGCUCCAUGUGAUGCUCCCAAUACAUGUGCAUUUUUUAAUCCAGGCGCCUCCAAAAGCUGUACCAAAGACUAUUGAAAACCAGAGAGUGUAUGACGAAACAACUGUAGAUCCCAACGAUGAAGAGGUUGCUUUUGAUGAAGCAACUGAUGAGUUUGCACCAUACUUCAACAGACAGACAGUUCCCAAGAUUCUUAUUACAACGUCAGACAGACCUCGUGGGAGAACGGUGAGGUUCUGUGAACAGCUGUCUACAGUGAUACCAAACUCGCACGUCUACUACCGACGAGGACUGGCUCUGAAAAGAAUUAUUCCACAGUGCAUUGCAAGGGACUUUACAGAUUUAAUAGUCAUUAAUGAAGAUCGCAAAAUACCAAAUGGUCUUGUUCUAAGUCACCUGCCUGAUGGCCCAACCGCUCAUUUUAGGAUGAGUAGCGUCCGUUUGCGUAAAGAAAUUAAGCGAAAGGGGAAGGAGCCCACGGAACACGUACCUGAAGUCAUCCUGAACAAUUUUACAACGCGCCUUGGCCAUUCUGUUGGUCGCAUGUUUGCUUCGCUCUUCCCACACGAUCCUCAGUUCAUUGGAAGACAAGUGGCAACAUUUCACAACCAGAGAGACUACAUCUUUUUCAGAUUCCACAGAUACAUCUUUAAGAGUGAAAAGAAAGUGGGAAUUCAAGAACUUGGGCCACGUUUUACAUUAAAGCUGAGGUCUCUUCAGAAAGGAACCUUUGAUUCCAAGUUUGGAGAAUAUGAAUGGAUUCAUAAGCGCCGAGAAAUGGACAUGAACAGGAGAAAAUUUCACUUAUAAGGGACAGCUCCCUGCCAGUGGCUGCUGACCAGAAAUGCAACUGCUUUGAACUAUGGAUUAUCUCAGACUCUUGCCUAAUGAUAAUGAUACAAACAGUAUCUGUCUGCAGAAAAAGAAACUGCAAACAUUAAAACUUCUACAGGAGCAGAUCAAGCACCAUCUGUCUUCCUAAGUACCUAAAUCCAGCAUGAAAAGGACAGUGACUUUCCCGUUUAACAGAAAAAAACCAUGGCAAUAUCGGAGCAGGCUGUAAUUUAGUUAUCACUCAAGAUCUGCCAUGGCUGCUGCUCUGCUGUAGGGUUAAAAUAUACUUUUCAACAUCAAAGACAUUAAAUAUUUUGGCUGAAGUUAUUUUAAAAAUAAAGUAUUUCUAGUUAUACAGCUUUAUUUUUUCUGUUAAGCAGCUAAACCCAGACCUCUUCCAUUAAUCAGGUAAGAGCUAAGUAUUUUAAGCCUCCAACUUCCAGUACGCUGUUCCCUGACAUUAUGGUGAUAGUUUUUUGAGACCAUUUCUUGAACACCAAGUAGGCUGCGUGCAAUGCAGGAAGUCUGUGGUGUUUUAUUUCAUCAACAUCUUGCAUAAAGUAGCAAUAUUGCUGAAGGUACAAAGAUUAGAUGUUUCGCUCCCUAUAAGCAUCUCUUCUUUAAAUGUCAUUUUUAGAAGAGACUAUACCCAAAGCAGUUGGUAGUCUUGUAUAGAAAAAGAAUUAAGGGCCAAUGGGAAGGAAUUUGUAAGGCUGGCUUUCAGGAAGUCCCUAAGCUCGUUUCAUCAAAAAAUGCUGCUCAGUUGAACAUGUGAGGUCACCGGGCAGGGUUUUUCCUAUUAAAAUCUUCAAAAUGCUUCUUCAGCUUCAGCGCUGUACUCGGGUUGGUGUUACCUGCAGAAUAAGGUACUGUUCUGCCUGAAGUUUGCACAUUCACUGGCAGCUAAAAAGCAAAGUUUUCCUUGAAUUACUUUCCUUUCACGGGCAGCUAUAAUCAUAUUUAGGUAAAUGUGAAAAAGCACUGAAGAUGGGUCAUAGUAAAUCAUAUACUAAGGAAGAAUUACUCUUCAAGAUAAAGAAUGAAGUUACUCUGUCUUUUCUUAAUGUCUGAUAUGAGACAGCGGUAUAAUUGAACUACAAUGGCCAAAAAAAGGUUUUUCUGUCCUCCUAUUACACUUCCGAGUACAGUGAUGAAGCCCCAAGUUCUGUGAGGCAACCAAGCAAACUU